AUGCUGCAAACAGAGGAUAUAGAAUUGACUCAUGGAUCACUGGGUGUCAGCAAUCUCAAUAGACAUGUACAUUUAGAAGAUGAACAGCUUGAAGAUGAAGAAUAUUAUCCAGAUGGUGGGGUAAAAGCAUACUUCGUAAUUGUUGGCUCGUUUUUAGGCCUUGUAGUUAACUUUGGUAUUAUUAAUUCUAUUGGUGCAAUUCAAGCUUAUGUUUCUACCCAUCAAUUGGUAUCACUUAAAGCUUCUUCAAUUGCCUGGAUUUUCUCAAUUUACUUAUCUUUGGCAUAUGCAACUGGUUUAUUUGUAGGCCCAUUAUUUGAUAGACAUGGACCAUUACCUCUUUUAGUAAGUUCAGCAUGUUUGAUAUUCAUAGGACUUAUGUUUACAGCAAUUAGUACAAAAGUGUACCAAUUUAUUUGCAGUUUCAUAUUACUUGGUAUUGGUAAUGGACUUGGAAUGACUCCACUUAUUGGUGUAAUAAGUCAUUGGUUCAAAAAGAAACGAGGUAAUUGUACUGGUAUGGCCACAAGUGGUGGCUCAGUUGGAGGUUUAGUAUUCCCAUUGAUGUUGAGACAUUCAUACACAACUUAUGGAUUUGCAUGGGCAAUAAGAAUAUUUGCCUUUACAUGCUUAGGAUUUAUGAUCUUAUCAAUCAUACUUGUGAAAGGAAGGAUCAAGAGAGAACCUAUUCAUUCAGACCAACAAUUUGACUCUCGAUGGGACAAGAUUCGAAGUAGCUUGAAUUUAGAGAAAUUGAAGUUAAAUGAUGCUAAAUACAAUUAUGUUGUUGCUGGAUCAUUCUUUACGGAGUUAGCAUUAGUAUUACUUCUUACAUAUUAUGCAACAUAUGCAAUUGCUCAAGGAGUAUCUGAAUCAAAUUCACUUUUGUUAUUGACUGUUUGGAAUGGUUUAGGUGUAUUGGGUAGAUGGGUACCUAGUUAUGCUUCCGACUAUUUGGGCCAUUUCAAUAUUAUGCUUAUUAUGCUUAUUAUCUACUCGGCUAGUAUAAUGAUAAUAUGGCUCCCAUUUGGUCAUCACACUAAAGUUUUAUUUGGAUUUGCAGUUUUGGGAGGGUUUUGUCAAGGAGCUAUUCUGAGCUUAAUGCCUGCUUGUCUUUCCCAGAUUACACCAGCUAAUGAGAUAGGCUACAAAUUUGGAAUUUUAAACUCAUUUAUGAGUAUUGCAAAUCUAUUUGGUAUACCUCUUGCCAGUAUUGUCAUAGGAAGUGGCGAAGUACAUCAGUAUAAUAAUUUCGUUAUACUUACAGGUAUGAUAUCUAUAACCGGUACUGUAUUUUGGUAUUGCAGUAGAUUUGCAAUAGUGGGGUCUAAACUAAAUACAAAGAUAUAA